CCCCGGUCACUAUUUCCCCAACCCAACCUCCUCUCCUCCCAUCCUAUCUCGUCUUCUCUUCUCCACUACACCACCGCCUCCACCACCACUCCCGACGAGACAGGAACCGCAAGGAACCAAAACGCCUUUCCGCUCCGCCGCUAACUGCCCACCCACCACGACCGGUCGUGUUGAAUCGACGAACGUGUUUGUCGUCUUCGCCGGGCCUGUGAGAUUUUCUGCUCCGGGAUCGGAGAUGGGAGCCGAGGCGGAGUGCGACCGGAUCAGGGGACCCUGGAGCCCUGAGGAGGAUGACGCGCUGCGGCGGCUCGUGGAGCGGCACGGCGCGCGCAACUGGACGGCGAUCGGGCGCGAGAUCCCCGGCCGGUCGGGGAAGUCGUGCCGCCUGCGGUGGUGCAACCAACUGUCGCCGCAGGUGGAGCGCCGGCCCUUCACGGCCGAGGAGGACGCCGCCAUCGUCCGCGCCCACGCGAGGCUCGGCAACCGCUGGGCCGCCAUCGCGCGGCUCCUCCCUGGGCGCACCGACAACGCCGUCAAGAACCACUGGAACUGCUCCCUCAAGCGCAAGCUCGCCGCCGCCACCGCCGCCUCCGGAGCGGUCGCAGGCGCGGGCGCGGACGAGUUCGAGGCGCGGCCGUGCAAGCGCGUCAGCCUCUCGCCGGACAGCCCCUCGUCGGGAACCGGCACGGUCUCCGACCGCAGCGACCUCAGCCACGGCGCCGGCGCCGGCUCCGGCUCCGGGUCCGGGCAGAUUUACCGCCCCGUGCCGCGGUCCGGCGGGUUCGAGCCGGCGGACUGCGCGAUGAGCCGGCCUGUCGAGGACGACGACCCGCUCACCUCCCUCUCCCUCUCGCUCCCAGGCACGGACCAGCGGUUCCACCACGACCGCGCCCAUAGCCAGUUCCAGGAGCUCCCGCCGCCGCCGUCGCCGCCCUCGCCUUCCCCACCACCACCACCGGCCCCCGUCGCCGCCGCAGCGACCUCGCCGUACCCGUUCAACCCCGACUUCAUGGCGGUGAUGCAGGAGCUGAUCCGCACGGAGGUGCAGCGGUACAUGGCGAGCGUGGGCGUCCGCGCCGGGUGCGGCCCCGCGGGCGGCGCCGAGCUCUGCAUGCCCCAGCUGGUGGAGGGCGUCAUGCGCGCCGCCGCCGAGCGCGUCGGCGCCGUCGGGCGGAUCCAGUAGCCCCGGACCAGUCCAGUCAGCCUAGGCGGAGCGCAAUCUGUUCUUAUCAGUAGAGCAAAAGAAAAACUUUGUCUCGAGUUUUUUCAAUUUUAUUUUCUUGAACUGCUGUGCGAAACCGACACAACAGUCAAGAACUGGGAAAAGAAUGGGAGAUGGAAAUGGGAGAGAGAGGGAGAGAUGCAAGGCUGAGCAAAGCUUAAGCUGCAUGUAAUGGUGGGUAUGGCGGCGCUGCCUCCUCUGUACAGGGAACAUAUUCGAAAUGGAUCGCGCACAAUCUGAACUCGCCAUUUCCGCACAA